GGCUCGCCAUCUUAGCCUAGCCGGCUAACUCUAAAAACAGAAAAAACAACAUGUGUGCUGUAAAUUAACGUAAAAUAAUACGUUCCAGAUAAUAUACCGUUUAAAAUGUGAGCGAAUAAUGAGUACGUGAAUUUUCCGAGUCAAAGCGAUUUCCGUUAGAUCCAUAUUGUGUGUGUACUGUUCUCAUGCUAGCUCUGUACUCUAGAUAAUUUCUUGAAGGCAGCUAGCGGGGAGUUUCACUCUUUUUGUUCCUCAUUAAAUUUGAGGCAGAUCAACUGCAAAAACACACGUUUUCGUUUUGUAUAGCGAUUCCGAUUUGUGUUGACACCUGUCAGCUAGCUAGCGCUCUCAUACUGAUUCUACCUGGAAAUGGUAGACGCCCUCAUGUGCCCAUGGAGAAGGCGGCUUUUGAGGGGUGGCUGGAAUCAGUUUCCACCUCCUUCCAAGCUCUAAAUGACCAGCAGCGCAACCGAUCUCUGGACCACCUCAUCUCAUUGAGUGGUGCCGCUCAGCUGCGACACCUGUCCAAUGGGCUGGAAGCGCUGCUGAAGCGAGAUUUCCUGCGUCUGCUGCCGUUAGAGCUGGCCUUCUACCUGCUCCGCUGGCUGGAUCCACAAACCCUGCUCACCUGCUGCCUGGUGUGCAAGCAGUGGAAUAAGGUAAUCAAUGCCUGUACAGAAGUCUGGCAGGGCGUGUGUCGAGACCUCGGCUGGCGCAUUGAUGAGUCCAUCCAGGAUGCGGUGCACUGGAAGGGUGUUUAUCUGAAGGCCAAACUGCGCAUGAAGCAGUUGAGAGAGGAGGAUGCAUUUGAGACGAGCUCUCUAAUUGGACACAGCGCUCGUGUAUAUGCUCUCUACUACCGGGAUGGACUCCUCUGCACAGGUUCUGAUGACCUGUCAGCCAAACUAUGGGAUGUUCGUACAGGGCAGUGCAUCUACGGCAUCCAGACACACACUUGUGCCACUGUCAAAUUUGAUGAACAGAAACUGGUUACAGGGUCUUUUGACAACACAAUUGCAUGCUGGGAAUGGAGCACUGGGGCCAAAAUCCAGCAAUUUCGAGGACACACUGGGGCAGUGUUCAGUAUAGACUACAAUGAUGAGUUGGACACCCUUGUUAGUGGAUCUGCAGACUUCGCUGUAAAAGUCUGGUCCUUAUCUGCUGGAACCUGUGUCAACACUUUUACUGGGCACACCGAGUGGGUCACCAAGGUACUCCUUCAAAAAAGCGAAGUGGAGUCCAUGAUGCACAGUCCUGGUGACUACAUACUACUGAGUGCUGAUAAGUAUGAAAUCAAGGUUUGGCCCAUAGGGCGUGAGGUCAACUGUAAAUGCUUGAAGACCCUGUCUGUAUCAGAAGACCGCAGUGUCUGCUUGCAGCCGCGAUUGCAGUUUGACGGCAGAUACAUUGUCUGUAGUUCAGACCUGGGCAUCUACCAGUGGGACUUUGCAAGUUUUGAUGUUCUCAGAGUCAUCAGACCACAUCAGGACCCCUCCAGCCUCUCCCUGCUCAGCUUCGGUGAGGUCUUUGCUCUCCUUUUUGACAACCACCACCUGUAUGUCAUGGACUUAAGGACUGAGGCUAUUGUGGGUCACUGGCCACUGCCAGCCUACCGCAAAUCCAAACGUGGCUCUAGCUUUUUGCCAGGCGUCACCUCCUGGCUCAACGGACUGGACAGCAAGAACGAUUCGGGCCUGGUGUUUGCCACCAGUAUGCCUGACCAUAGCAUUCAUCUGGUUCUUUGGAGAGAAAAUGGGUAGAGGAGGUGAAUACAAGCGUACAAACCCUGUGUUUGAAAAGCAGCCAGGACUUUAAGAAAAAGAAGAAAAAAUGGGUGCUUUUGAUUUUUUUUUUAAAACUAACAAAUAAAACACACAGUCACCAAGUUAAAUAAUGCAUGGACAAAAGGGUUUUCCCUCUCCUUGCCUUUGUUGCCAUUUUGAGUUAACAUGCUUCACUCUCUCUUUCUUAGUCACUUGCAGACCACACAUGCAACCUUCAUUCACAUUACGAUUUGUAGAUUUCUAAAGGACACGUUGGAAGAUUUGUAGUACGGACCAUGGCUUCUACCAUAACAUGAACAGGCUAAGGUUUUUGUUCUUAAGAUUUAAGAGAGGGUUCCUUCUGAGCAUCCAAAGUUUGGUUUCUUUUUCUGUCACCCCAGUGAAAGCGAUGGAGAAUGGAAGUGAAAUGCUACAUCAUCGGACCACCGAGUGGUCCACUGCAAGCACAUAGCACACUCACCAAGAUUGACAAUGGAGUAGUACUUGUUUAAAUGUUAUAUUUUCAACAAAUUUGCAAUUUUUAGAGGUAACAUUUUUUGCUUUGGAAACAAAGAAAGAGAUGUUGCCUUAAAAUCCUUGAUUUCCUUUGAAGAAAUUGAUUUUGCAAACUUCCGCGUCUGUAGGCACUGGCUUGCAUCCCAAACAUGUGUGCUUGUCAUUUUCCUUGAAAGGCUCUGAUAAAAUGAUGUCUGAACUGAUCAAAUGGGUUUGGAUGCAAGUCAUUCGGAGGUGGCUUUUUGCUGUUACUGACCCUUGGUUUAAUUUUUCACUCUGCUAAUUAAGUCAUGUGCCUUUGUGUUUUAACACUUAGCCAUUUGUAUUUGAAAUCCAAUGUUACAAUCCUCCCUCAAUGAGAAGUAAUGUAUUCAACACUGUAAGAAGUAGUCUUACCACUAUUUAGCCAGACUAGAUCACUUUAAAGUGUUUCUUGUGAAUCUCAAUGAAUGUUCAUUUUUAAUCUUUAUUUUUAAAGACUGAUCUUAUUUUUUUCAUAAUCCAGGGCAGACCAGCCAUUGUCACUUUGCACAUCAAUGCGAUAGCUGCUUCUGUAGUUCUGUGUACUGAAAUGUUCUGUAGAACAUUAGUACAGUUUAAUUCUCUUCUUAUUCCAAACAAUUAAAACAAAAACAAACUCAGUUUUGGGAUUAAUAGUUUAAUGCUCGAUUUUUACUAUAUUGCUCAAACAUUUCAGUGGAUAGACACUGGGAACAAGUAUGGUUAAGCUAUUUGAAGUAUCUUUGUGGGUGUCAACAUAUGCACUGGUUUUGUUCACUGAAAUUCAAAACUUCACUGCUGCAAUCACUCAUGCCUCCACAGCCAGUAAUGUCAUCCAUUCAUGAUUAGCAGAAUUCAGGUCUUUUGUUUGUAUAAUAAAGUAAUAUGCUGUAUUUCAAAUAAAUGGC